GUCACUUUAAAGCAAGAAUUUCUUUAGCCCACUCCAGCAGGUAAAGAAUCAAAAUUCCCUCACUGCAGUGUUCAUUCUCUGUUUCUUCUUCCACAGACCAGUGUCAAUCUUAUCCCUUCAUAAACAACGGAAGAGUUCCAAAAAUGAUUGUUUCCAAGGAACAGAUCGAUCAUUCGAGCAGAGUUGUCCGAGAAAUGCUGUAGUUUUCUGUCUCUGAUCAGACAGUGAGAGGAUAUAUGGGGAAGACAGGGAGAUGGAUAAGGAGUUUCCUGACAGGGAAGAAAGAGAAUAAAAAUGCGACGAUUUCAGCUGACAACGCCGCCAAUGAGGAUCGCCCGGCGACUCCCCUGUUAUUCCCGCAGCCCACAACGCCUAAGGACA